AUGAGAAGUCUCAUUGUUUUUGUAGUCUUAGGAGCAGCAUCCCUACUGUUGCUUAGCUCAGAGGCAGUAGACUAUCAGGUUGGAGACAGCACCGGUUGGCAAAAUCCUUCUAGCUCCUCUUUCUACUCUGACUGGGCUUCAGGCAAAACCUUCUCUGUUGGUGACACUUUGACAUUCACAUUCGCUACAGAUUCGCACGAUGUGGCCACGGUCUCAAAGAGUGAUUACGAUAAUUGCAACAUAGCCAAUCAAAACAAUGUUAUCAAAGAUGGACCAGCAAAUAUCACUCUCAGAGCCGCCGGUGAUUACCACUAUUUUUGCACAUUUUCUAACCACUGCUCUGUUGGACAAAAAUUAGCCAUUACCGUUGCUGCCAGCAACAGUACCCCUUCCACCCCCUCACCACCAGGGACACCAGCUGGAACUCCAUCUUCUUCACCGCCGCCGCCGCCUCCCUCAGCCGCCUCAACACAUGAAAAUGAUAACCCUCCUAGCAAGAAGGAUUCUGCAGAAAAUAUUGUCAGGUUUUUGAAGCAAAGUCUUAUUGACUAA